AUGGCACCUGAUAAGCAGUGGAUGAAUCUUGUUAAUGAUCGGCUAAGUGAAACAUAUCAAUUUGGCAUUAAGGAAUUUUUAAGAUAUGCUACAAAAAAUGUGGGAGAUCGUGACAUUCGAUGUCCAUGUGUCAAGUGUAAUAACACUUGCUCAAGAAGUCAUGAAAUGGUUGAAACCCAUCUAACAAUUUAUGGCAUAGUCCAAAAUUAUACAUUUUGGUAUCAUCAUGGAGAAAGGUUAGGUGAAUUUGACUAUGAAUCUGAAGAUGGAUUUGAGGAUGAAGAAGAUGAGGUAUUAGAAACUAGAGGAGAAGAAGAUAUUCAUGGGAUUAUGAGGGACUUUUUUCCUACUUUAGAUGCUUUCAACAAAAAUAGAGCAGAUUUUGGUGGCCCAAGCAAUAAUAUGCAAAAAGAGGAUCCUAAUGAUGAAGCAAAGAAAUUUUAUAGGCUAUUGACAGAUUUGGAGCAACCAUUAUAUGAAGGUUCUAAGAGUUCAAAAUUGUCUACUAUAAUCAAGCUAUUACAUAUCAAGAGCCUUGGUCGCUGGAGUAACGAGUCAUUUACUAUGUUAUUACAAAUAUUACAAGAUGAAUUACUACCUGAUGGUUCGACUUUGCCAAAUUCAUAUUAUGAGGUAAAGAAGAUUAUUCAAGAUCUUGGACUUUCAUACAAAAAAAUAGAUGCAUGUGUCAAUAAUUGUAUGGUAUAUUGGAAGAAAGAUGAGAAGUCUGACUUUUGUAGUAUAUGUGGAGCUUCAAGAUGGAAAAAUGAUAAUUGUAGCGAAGAAAUCAAAGUUGGAAGGAAUGGUAAAAGAAAACCUGUAAAAAUAUUACGAUAUUUCCCGUUAAAGCUGAGGCUUCAAAGGCUAUUUAUGUCUAGCAAGAUAGAAUCCUUUAUGAGAUUGCACAAUGACAAAAGAGUAGAUGAUAGAGUAGUGAGGCAUCCAGCUGAUUCUUUACAAUGGAAAUCUUUUGAUGAAAUGCAUGAAAAUUUUGCUUCAGAGCCUCGUAAUGUGAGACUUGGUCUUGUAAGUGACGGGUUCCAACCAUUUGCACAUUCCAAAACUUCGUACAGUAUUUGGCCAGUAUUCCUUAUUCCAUACAAUUUGCCUCCUUGGAUGUGCAUGAAAGACUCUAAUUUCAUUUUGUCAAUGCUCAUUCUAGGUCCUGAGGGACCAAGGGAUGCUAUUGAUGUCUAUCUCCAACCUUUAAUAGAAGAAUUACAAGAGCUGUGGGAAGUAGGAGUUGAAACAUUUGACGCAUCAAUUCACUAG